GUGGAUGCGAGGAUGUUGAGUUUGUGACGAUAAGCAACGGGAAUGAGAAAAAAAAUGACGAAAUAACUGUGAUCGAGGACAAGUAGCGGUCGCCAGUUCGUACGGUACUGCGCAAAAGGGCCUAUCAUUUAAAGCCCAUACAGCGGCCGCUCGUCCUGUGUGACCUCUUGUUUAGAUCACUAUGGGGAACACAAGCAGUGAGAGGGCAGGCAUGGGCCAGGAAAAGGCCAACCGAAGGGACAGUCGAGGAACUAAGGAAGGAGAUCGUCCAAAAAUCCUAAUGGACAGCCCUGAAGAUGCUGAUAUUUUUCACGGGGAGGACAUGAAGGCACCGUUGGAAAAGGAAGAAUUCAUUGAAUGGAGACCCGACCUGGAGAGCAGCGAAAAGACUGACACUUUAGAUCGACCCACUGUGUUUCGCUGGACAGGAGCUGGAAAGGAAGUGUAUAUUUCUGGGUCUUUUAAUAAUUGGACCAAUAAGAUUCCUCUGAUUAGAAGUCAAAAUAAUUUUGUGGCGAUUGUGGAUUUACCUGAGGGUGAGCAUCAGUAUAAAUUCUACGUGGAUGGACUGUGGACACACGACCCAACAGAGCCUGUGGUGACCAACCAGCUUGGCACGGUCAACAACAUCAUCCAGGUGAAGAAGACAGACUUCGAAGUGUUCGAUGCACUCAUGGUGGAUUCGCAGAAAUGCUCUGAUAUGUCUGAUCUGUCCAGCUCUCCUCCAGGCCCGUACCAUCAGGACGCUUACACACCCAAACAGGAGGAGAAAUUUAAAUCUCCACCCAUUCUGCCCCCUCACCUCCUUCAGGUCAUCCUCAAUAAGGACACAGGCAUCUCUUGUGAUCCAGCUUUGCUCCCUGAGCCCAAUCACGUCAUGCUCAAUCACCUGUACGCUCUGUCCAUUAAGGAUGGCGUCAUGGUUCUCAGCGCCACCCAUCGCUAUAAGAAGAAAUAUGUCACAACCCUGCUUUACAAGCCAAUCUGAGAAACAGCACUUCUGUCUACUUUGUUAAUAUAGUAGGUAUUGAUGUAAAUAGGGAUGUACAGAGAUGCACUUUAGAGAAAUAAAAAUCAGAGCAGAAUGAUAGAAAUAGCGUAGAGGUACAGGACAUAUCUGUUUUUAUUUAGUUUUAGUCUGGCAAACUUUUUUGAUACACAUUUAUCAGUGGGAUUGGGACAAAUUGACAGAAUCUGAACCAGCGGAGGUGGUUUUUGAAUGUGAAAAAUCCCAGCAGGCACACAGCAUCAUAAGACGUUAAUAUUAGGUUAGAUUUAGGUCAUCAAGUGACCAAAAUUCAAUAUCUAGUCAGUGUCUAAGUACCACGUUAUUUUGAUGUUACGUUGAUAUUUGGUUGAUUUUAGGUUGUGUUGGAAAAUGAUCAAAAUCCAACGUCUGACAGAUGUCAUAGUGAUAACGUCCAGACAACGUCAAGGUGUAAUAUGAUUAGACAUUUAUAUUUGGUUGAUUUUAGGUUGUUUUUUGGUUGGACGUUGGACAUUGACGUCAGCUUGACAUUGGGUUCUGACGUCAACACGAUUUUCAUUUCCAAACAAAAUCCAACGUCCUCAUGAUGUUGGUUUACGUUGGGGUACAACGUCAAUAUGACGUCAUGUUGACAUCCUGUGCCUGCAGGGAUGAGAGUAAAUAGGGCAUAGCGAUUAUUUUUGUUUCAUUUUGUGUUGAAUUUUAUGCUUGUGUAGAUAGAUAUUAAUAUAUUAUUUUAUUAAGUAUUGCAGGACUUUUCUUGUUAUUUAACAGAAAACAGUUUUGUUAUCAGCAGAUAUACAGUAUUUGGGGGCCAAAUAUAGUAAAAAAUGUAGUUAAAGAAAACAUGUUUCAUUUAGGAAACCAAGUCAGUUUUUUUUAGUUACUUGAAAAUAGUAUAAUUUUUUUAUUUAAUAUUUGGAUGUUCUGCAAUAUUAUUCAAUCAGAACCAAAUACAUAUUGCAAACAUGUUGACUUUUAAUCUGUCAUGCUCUCUGAUAUUAAAUAUCACUUU